CUUCAAGUCAAGUCUUCUUUAAUUAACAACAAGGCCACCACCACAUUCAAACGCACACGUACAUAGGGGCAGCUAGCUCGCUCUUGGUUCCUUUUCCUCCGUCGUUGCUCAGGUCCCUCCUCCUGCACACCCAGAGUGUGCAUGCGUGAGAGUACAUAUAUAUAGUAGGAGAAUGAUGAUGAUGAACACCAGCGCCGCCAUGUCGCCACCAAGUACCGACGUCGUCGUCGACGACUUCUCCCUCGGCGCCAUGCAUCAGCCGUACGUCGUCGGCUUCCACGCCGACGCCGGCAUGCGCAUCAUGCCCAGCGUCGUCGUCGAUAGGCCGCUGCUCCAGCAGAACACCGACCUAUUAGAAGAGUACGACAGUUUCGACUUCGCGGCCACGGGGCUACUACCGUUACCGUUCCAAGAACUACCUGGUCUCCUGCCCCCCGCGAAUUACCUGCCGCUGCCAACGCCAAGCAUGGCCAUGUCGCCGCCGUCGCUGAGGCUGCUGACGCUCCCGGGCGUGCCAGUGCCUACGGCGGCGGCGGAUGUCGUGUACGGCGGAUUGGGCGGGGGCGGCGCGGGAGGGCCGUCGUUCCUGAAGCGGGAGCACGGCGUCGGCAGCGGCGGCGGGAGGAUCGGCGGCCUGAACCUAGGACGCCGCACCUACUUCACCCCCGCCGCCGUGGACCGGCUGCUCGGCGGCGGCCUAGGCGGCGUGGGCCUCGGCAUGAGCGUGCUGGGGCUCGGGGUCGGCGCCGCUCACCACCACCAGCAGCAGCCGCCGCGGUGCCAGGCCGAGGGCUGCAAGGCCGACCUCUCCGCCGCCAAGCACUACCACCGCCGCCACAAGGUCUGCGAGUUCCACACCAAGGCCAGCGCCGUCGCCGCCGCCGGCAAGCAGCAGCGCUUCUGCCAGCAAUGCAGCAGGUUUCAUGUGCUUGCGGAGUUUGACGAGGCCAAGAGGAGCUGCCGGAAGCGGCUCACCGAGCACAACCGACGCCGCCGGAAGCCGAUCAGCGCACAGGGCAAUAAUGACCACUCGUCGCCGCCACCGCCGGCGCCAAAGAAAGCGGAUACUUGCAUAACCACCUCGUACAACGAUGACCCCAAGAUAGCAGGUGCGAGCAACACGGCUGCAGCCAUCUCGCCGAAUGGCGGCAGCGGCGGCGGCAGCUGCCUCGACGUCCUGGACAACGGCCAGAUAACGAGCAGCGCGACGGCGGCGGCACCGACGGCGCUAUCUCUGGCAGCGCCGCCCCCGCCGCUGCAUCACGAGCUGCAUCACGAGAAGGACGGGAGCCUGGACUCCGUGCUGAUGCAGCGGCGGGUUCAUUAUUGGUCCAUGGCCGGCGGCGGGACGACGACGACGAAGAGCAUCGCUGUUUCAUCACCUCGCUGGUGACGCAGACCCAGCAGCAACAGCAGCACGGCGGCAACGUCUUGUCGUGCUCGUCGAUCGGUGUCAGAUCAGCGCAGAACGGCGGCCAGCAACGGUUUCUUUGAGGUGGACUUCAUCUAGUGCGAUGCAUGCACGUAAAAGGGGCAGGGAAAAGCAUAUAGCGUCGCUGUAUUGUUUCUGAGAUGGGAAGGAUGCAUGGCGUGAGGAAAGCAACAAAGGCUAGGGUUUGGUUGGUUCCACUCUAGCUAGGGGUGGCUAGCAGCCUUUUCUUUUUACUGUGUUUAGUACUUGGGCUAGCUAGUGCUAGACUUCUCUGUUAUAUUAAUUACUAGAGGGAAAAAUAUAAUGCUGGUGUAGUAUGUGU